AUGGCGGCAGAACUCCUGAAUCCUUUUGCGCCGAUGGAAUCUGCAGGCAAGAGACCACUUUUGGAACCUAUUCCUUCUGGACUUCUAGUCAAUUCCAUAUCGGAAACACAAAACAUCGAAAAACCACCCAAGCAACUCCGACCAAGAAUCGUGCGAGCCAAUGAAACACAACAGAAACUCGUGACAACCUUGCCAGUGCUCAUAACCUUGCCGCUUUUGGUAGUUUCUGUCGAUUUGACGCUGGUCCCAUUGACCAACAAUCACCUUCUUGGAAGAGUAGGCGCUGCAUUUGUGGUAGCAUGUGUAAUUGUCGGCUUGUCGCAAUUUCCAGCCAAGUAUGGCUUGAUGGGGAAAAGGGCUGCUCCAGAGUCCUGGACCGUUGUAUUGGGACUAGUACUUUUGUUCCUAGCGCCAAUGUCACUUUCGUACACGCGGGUCGCUGUUACGUAUUUUUGCCUUUUUCUCAAUGUUUGGAACUUGUAUACUCCAUUGGCGCUCUUUUGUGACUGUUACUUAGCGUCUAGUGCUGUUGAAAAUCCUGUUCUAGAAGUUGCAGGAGUGGUUAGUGGCUAUACUUUGCUUAUAGGGCUGCAUUUUUUGAUUGAACGGGCAAUCAAAUCGAGAAAGUCGAGUUCAGGCGAUAAGCUGAUCUUGAUAUUCAUUAUGUUGGGUGUGGGUGUCGUUGGCGCGGUCGUAUUGACUGUUCUCAACCUUGUGAACCCAAUCUUUCUCGGAAUUACAUUAGCAGUUGGUGCGGUGCUCAUGCUCCUGACCAACCGAGGCUUAGUAUACUCCUCGCUCAGUAUUUUAAUCGUGGCUGUGUUUUCCUUCGUUUUCGAGCACUACAUAGUCACUACAAAGCCUGCUUCAGUCAAAGGCGCCUUUGUUUCAGCAGUACUUCCAUUAGUUGUCAAAAUCAAGCCUUCUACAUAUGUUGAGAAUGACGAUCUGUCAGAGGAACCUGAAAAGCCCCGUGUCUUGGAAAAGAUCUUGGCUCAUUCCGACACAAGAGCUAUAUUCAACUUUUUGCUCCUCAACACCACGUUCAUGUUCAUCCAACUAGUGUACUCCUUCAAAUCGAAAUCCCUUGGUCUUCUUUCAGACUCUCUCCACAUGGCAUUAGAUUGUGCCUCCCUAGCUUUGGGGUUGGUUGCCGGAACUCUCCUGAAACAAGAGGUGGACAUUAACAGUAAAUUUCCAUUCGGUCUCCGUCACUUUGAGAUCUUGGCAGGUUUCGCCAAUGGUACGCUUCUUGUAGGAAUUAGUGGAAGCAUUAUAUUUGAAGCAGUCGGCAGAUUGUAUGAGCCAGUUGAGCUCUUAAGAACGACGGAGUUGAUUAUCGUGUCUACCCUAGGCUUGCUCGUUAACAUUGUUGGAAUAUUUGCAUUUAACCAUGGCCACCACGGCCAUUCACACGGCCACUCACAUGGCGGCAUUUCUCAGGCGGACCACGGCUCAGAGCACAAGGCGUCAGAACUCGGCCAUUCACACAGCCAUUCACAUUCACAUUCGCACACUCACUCUCAUGAACAAUCGCACUCAGAAAAACACGAGACAUCCCAUUCGAACGAGGAUUGCGAAGGUAUGAAUGACAACAUGAGGGGCAUAUUCUUACACAUCAUGGCUGACACCCUCGGAUCAGUUGGAGUGGUGAUUUCAACCAUCCUCACCACAAUCUUCAAGUGGCAGGGGUUUGAUCCAGUGGCGUCUAUUGCCAUUGCUGUAUUGAUUUUCGUUUCUGCUGGGCCACUUAUGUCGUCAACAGCAUCGACAUUGCUUCUUAAACUCGAUAACAAAAAGGAAUCUGUGAUCAGAAACUGUCUCAAUGAUUUAACUACCAUUCGUGGCAUAAAGUCGUUUUCCACGCCUCGUUUUUGGGCGAAGGGAAGUGGGUUGACCGGCUAUAUCCACAUUCAAGUCUAUCGUGGGGAAAAUAUAUCAAAUCUUCGCGCCCAGUGCCAGCGAGUAUUCAAGAGCCAUAAUGUUGAGGCCAUGAUUCAAAUGGAAAAGGAUUUUGAUAGUUGUUGGUGCAGAGACACAUAG